AGACGAUGUUGGAGACGCUGCGUGAGCGGUUGUUGAGCGUCCAGCAAGACUUCACUGCCGGGUUGAAGACUUUGGGUGACAAAUCAAGAGAAGCAAAAAAAAGCAGACAGAGAACUUUUCAGGGUUUGCCAGAGUUUUCUGCUGGAUUGGAAUUACUGAGCAGAUACGAAGAUGCUUGGGCCACCCUUCACAAAGGAGCCAAAGAUUGUGCAAAAGCCGGAGAGCUGGUGGAUAGUGAAGUUGUGAUGCUCUCUGCCCAUUGGGAGAAGAAAAGGAACAGUCUGGUGGAACUGCAAGAUCAGCUCCAGCAAAUACCUGGGUUUUUAGCAGAUCUGGAAUCCCUCAUGGCAAACCUAGCCCAGCUAGAGGCAGACUUCGAAGAAAUGGAGAAUCAUCUAUUGUGUCUUGAGGACCUAUGUGAACAGUGUGAGUUGGAAAGAUACAAAUGUAUGCAGACAUUACAGCUGGAAAACUACAAGAAAACAAAAAGGAAGGAACUUGAGAGCUUCAAAGCUGAGCUAGAUGCCGAACAUGCCCAGAAGGUUUUGGAUAUGGAACACACCCAGCAGAUGAAGCUAAAGGAACGUCAAAAGUUUUUUGAAGAAGCCUUCCAGCAGGACAUGGAGCAAUACCUUUCUACAGGAUACUUGCAGAUAGCAGAGAGGCGAGAACCAAUUGGAAGUAUGUCUUCCAUGGAGGUAAAUGUGGACAUGCUGGAGCAGAUGGACCUGAUGGACAUGUCCGACCAAGAAGCACUUGAUGUCUUCUUAAACUCAGGAGGCGAAGACAGUAAUAUGCUUUCUCCUGUGCUGGGGCCCGACUCCACCACCUACGUGAAUGAGAUAAGUCUUCAGGUUCCAAGCCAGUCUGAAUUACGACAGAAACUGUCUUCGUUGUCAUCAACCUGUACUGAUUCUGCCAGCCAAGAUGCAAGUGAAGGAGAAUCUCCAGUUAUUCAGUCUGAUGAAGAAGAAGUUCAAGUGGACACUGCUCUUGCUGCUGUAACUGAAAGAAAGGGCACUUCAGAUGUUAGUGAUGAAAGUGACUCUCAAACUAUUUGAAUCUUAAACCCAUAUCCUUCAAGA